GGGGCGGGUCUGGAAGCGGCUCUCGAGUCGAGGGCAGGAGAGACACGGACGAUCGGAGCUGCGGGGCUGCGGGGCUGCGGACAGCCGCCCGUCAUCUGCUGCUCUGCCUUCAAUCCGUCUUUCCGCCGGGAUGCUGCAUGCGGACUAACACGGUUUGCCCGGGGUUCGUGUCUGAGAAAGUCUCCAGCCAGGAGCUCAGAGCCCGUGGUGGAGGAGCAGCGAGGAGGACUGGAAGGUGCUGGAGCUGGAGCUGGAGGAUCCGGCUCGAGGAGCACUGAGGUGAAGGAGGGAGGAGGACCAUGGCCGGAGCUCCCGGGGAUGCCCUCAUGCUCGUCUCCGUGGCGAUGGUCGCGCUCUGGGCCGUGAGCGCGCAGCACGCCGACCGGGGCAUGUCGGUCCCGGAGCACGGCUUCUGCCAGCCCAUCUCGAUCCCGCUGUGCACGGACAUCGCCUACAACGAGACCAUCAUGCCCAACCUGCUGGGACACACGAACCAGGAGGACGCGGGCCUCGAGGUGCACCAGUUCUACCCGCUGGUCAAGGUGCAGUGCUCGCCGGACCUCAAGUUCUUCCUGUGCUCCAUGUACGCGCCCGUGUGCACGGUGCUGGAGCAGGCGCUGCCGCCCUGCCGGUCCCUGUGCGAGCGCGCCCGCCAAGGGUGCGAGGCGCUCAUGAACAAGUUCGGCUUCCAGUGGCCGGACAGCCUGGCGUGCGAGAGGUUCCCGGUGCACGGUGCCGAAGAGCUCUGCGUGGGCCAGAACAACUCGGAGAGGAACGUCCCGGCGGACCCGACGCCGGACGUCACGGAGCCGCCGUACCCCGAGGGCAGUUCCGGCGGGCACUUCCGUUGUCCGGCGGCCCUGAGGGUGCCCCCUUACCUCAACUACCGCUUCCUGGGGGAGGAGGACUGUGCGGCGCCGUGCGAGCCCUCAAAGCCCCACGGUGUGAUGUACUUCAGCCAAGAGGAGCUCAAGUUCGCCCGGAUCUGGAUCGGAAUCUGGUCGGUGCUGUGCUGCGCCUCCACCCUCUUCACGGUGCUCACCUACCUGGUGGACAUGAAGAGGUUCAGCUACCCUGAGCGGCCCAUCAUCUUCCUGUCCGGCUGCUACACCAUGGUCUCCAUCGCCUACGUGGCGGGCUUCCUGCUCGAAGACAGGGUGGCGUGCAACGAGCGGUUCGAGAACGAGGCACGCACCGUGGUGCAGGGCACCAAGAAGGAGGGCUGCACCAUCCUCUUCAUGAUGCUCUAUUUCUUCAGCAUGGCCAGCUCCAUCUGGUGGGUGAUCCUGUCGCUCACCUGGUUCCUGGCGGCGGGCAUGAAGUGGGGCCACGAGGCCAUCGAGGCCAACUCGCAGUACUUCCACCUGGCGGCGUGGGCCGUGCCGGCCGUGAAGACCAUCACGGUGCUGGCGGUGGGCCAGGUGGACGGAGACACGCUCAGCGGCGUCUGCUUCGUGGGCCUUAGCAGCGUGGAUGCUUUGCGUGGCUUCGUGUUGGCGCCGCUCUUCCUCUACCUCUCCAUCGGCACGUCCUUCCUGCUGGCCGGCUUCGUGUCGCUCUUCCGCAUCCGCACCAUCAUGAAGCACGACGGCACCAAGACGGAGAAGCUCGAGAAGCUCAUGGUGCGCAUCGGCGUCUUCAGCGUGCUCUACACGGUGCCCGCCACCAUCGUCGUCGCCUGCUACUUCUACGAGCAGGCCUUCCGCGAGCAGUGGGAGUGGACCUGGGUGAGCAGGUCCUGCAAGACGUACACGGUGCCCUGUCCGCCGCAGCGCCACCCGCAGGCCGCCCCAGACUUCACGGUCUUCAUGAUCAAAUACCUCAUGACCCUCAUCGUGGGCAUCACCUCGGGCUUCUGGAUCUGGUCCGGCAAGACGCUCAACUCCUGGAGGAGGUUCUACAGGAGACUGACCAAUAGCAAACAGGGUGAGACGACGGUGUGACUUUGGCGCAGCAGCGCCCCCUUCAGAGCCCAAAGACAAACGCUGUUUUUCGACUGGCUGUACAACCGUCGAGUCGAGCUCCUCGCUGUGCUCUUGUACAUAAGCAUUUGUGAAAUUUUUUGUAACUAUAUAUUUGUAUUUAAAAAGCAUACGUUUGCUGUUUUUUAAAUUGUUUCACACGUUUUUGACAAAAGGGGCACUUUUUUUAUUGGAGCGUAGCUCAUGCAUUUCAAAGCCGGUGCUUGCAGCGCGGUCUGCUGGUCGCACCCUUUACCUCGGCCCUUCGGAGAAGACGACACCCCGUUGGGCGCUAACACUGUCUCGUGGUUUUUUGUGCUCGAGAGGGAGUCUGAUUUAUCUUCCCUUAAAUACAGUACAUUGUUUUUUUAAGACCUUAAAACUGAAUGUUGUUUCGGGCGCAGUCUGUGGAUCUGUUCUUUUUUAGCUUUUGGUUUCCUUCAUUCCAUUUGUUGAUUGAGUGAAUGAGGUUUGAGGGAAAGGCUUUUAGAAGAAAAGACUGUAUGUCAAGAUGAAAGCGGAGACUCGGGGGUCAGGGGUCAUUCGGAUGGAGCAGGGAGCUCCCGGAACGUUCUGUGGGUAAGAGAAACGGCCUCCGCUGGGACAUUUGGCUUAAACCCGCGUCUUCAGCGUUGUGACCAUGGGCUGAGUGCAUUUUCAUUUCGUUGACCCGCACGGCGGGCGGGGGUGUGGAGAAGCGGAGCUGGGGACAGGUGGACUCUAAUCGUGGGUCGCAAGACUUAAAACCCCAUGGAAGUGAGUUCAGGUGCCAGGAGGAAACACUCCUGUAUCCCCUUAUUUACCGAAUGUAAACUUUUCAUCUCUAAUGUAUUUUUGAACGACUUAUUUUCGGUUGGACUGCAAACUGUUUGCGGCUGCGUCCUCGGAGACGCCGCCGUGCCCACCAGGAAGGGGAUGAUCGCGUUAAUGAGUACGAAAAGGUCGCCCAGGGUUUAUUUUCGCUUUUGCUUUAAUGAUGGUGGGGGAACCCCCCCCGCCCCCGAGCCCUUUACGUCUGGGUCCUCGGGGGCCUUCAGGGUGGACGCGAGGCCGGGGGGGCGCUGUGUGCCAGGUGAGCCGCUGGCCGUCGGCUGGAGCCCCACGGGGGGCCCUGACACCAUUGGACCAGCGCCCCCUCCAGGGUUCAUGGUGUCCAACGCUCACUGUGCUCAGUGUCGUCAAACACUAAAUGCCUUUUUAUGUCUUCAUUUCUACAGAAGUCACACAAAAACUUCUCCUGGUCCUUCCGUCUUCUUUUGAUGCACAGCAGUCUUUGCUCCAGUGCAUGAUUUUAAAGAAUAUUUAGUCUUCAAAACACUAAAAAGUUGUAUUAAACAUUGCUUUGUCACUCCAUUGAAACCCCUUUUCAUUCAUUUAUUGGUUUUCUUAUCAAAGAAUCUUUUAUAUUUAUAGAAAAACUGGUUUAUAAAUUCCGUAUUCAUUUUGUCUAAGAAUAAAAAUGGCCCAUUUUGUACGAAACGGCUCAUUUAGAACAUGUCUGAUUUAUUGCAGUGCCUUUAAAGCUUUCAAUCUUAGUUGCAUAAAAGAUUCUGCUUUGGGAUUUUAUUUUGGGAUUUAAGUGUUUGCUUUGUUGCUCCGGUGUGUGUUUUAUCCCGCCAACCCCGAGGAACAAUAUUUAUUCACGGGGAGAAGAAUAAGUCCAGACAUUGCACACUGACAUUAAUGUUCGUGCACCUGGUCGACACCAACCUCCGGUCCGACGUCCCUCAUCGCAAAUGUUCGGGGAUCAAUAAAAAUAUGAAAUGUUUCGCUUUUAAAAGCUCGAG